UCUGUCUACAAGAAAUUAGAAAUGGUUGAUAUCUAUAUCUAUGUCAUCAUUAGGGUUUUUAGAAAACUAGCUAUAAGCUAGGUUCCCACUUCCCACUUCUGAUUACAGCGAGUUCUUAAUUUGUUUCUAGUCAUGCCUUUCUUUUAAAAAUUUCCAUUCUGCAUAUACAAUUAGUCUAUCAUUUAAUUUUUCAUCCAACAAAGGAUUUGGCACACUGAGAAGGGCAGAGGCCCUUUUGUUGUUGCUGUUUUUUUUCCCUUACCAAGAACAGAAAAGAGAGAGAUAAUAAGAAUUGGAUAUAUGGGUAGGGGAAAGAUACAUAUUUCAAGGAUAGAGAACCGAACCACCAGGCAAGUGACUUUUGCGAAACGCAGAGCUGGGCUUCUGAAGAAGACGCAUGAGCUUUCUGUGCUGUGUGAUGUCCAGAUCGGCCUUGUCAUCUUCUCAAGCACUGGGAAGAUGUUUCAGUACUGCAGUGACUCAACAAGCAUGGAGGAAAUUAUAAGAAGGUACCAGUAUGCUUCAGGGACACGUAUACCACAACACAGUGACACGGACUUUUUGAAUGCUGAGAUAAGAAAGAUCAGGAAAGAAACUCAGGACCUCCAUUUGAGCUUGCAACGCUACACCGGUGAGGAUCUGAGUUGUGUGCGAUUUGAGGAUUUGGAGGAGCUCGAAAAUCGGCUAGAGGAGUCUGUCAACAGGGUUAGAGCUAGGAAGUUUGAGAUCUUGCAACAAGAAGUUCAUAAUCUUCGCUUAAGUACCAAACAGAGGGAGGAACAGAAUGAUGAACUAUGCCAUCUGAUUAAGGAGCAUCAGGCUGCAGUCUUUGCUCAUCAGCACCAUUAUCAGCAGCAAAUGGAAAUGGAACCGAAAUCUGAGGAGCAUCGACAGCUAAUGGAACAAUUCCCAUUCUGUGGUGAAGAACAGCCUUUGCUUCAGCUUGCAACUACAUCCAUGCAGCCUCAGUUUGCCUACCAGGCUAGUACUAGUUCUCUCCCGCCUAAUCCACCGCAGCUUCACGAUUUCAGUCUCAACACCCCCAUCUAUGAGUGAUAAUAAUUGAUGAGAGUGGCUUCAGUUUGCUAGGGCAUGCAUCAACAGCUGGGAUUAUGAUUCUGCAAAUCAGUGAACUACUUUUAAGGCUUUAGAUAUGGACUUAUAUAAGACUAAGAAUAUCACCGAUCUCCUUUUGUGUUCUUCAUAUAUAUCUAGAUUUUCUUUUCUUUAGCAAAAGUGGAUGUUGGUUCUUUUGUUAUAUAUAUGCGGUGAUCGCUCGAUGAUUAAUUUCUUUAGCUAGAAUGAACCAAAUCUAUUUAUAAAAUUUCAUUUCUACUUGUAUGAUCUAAGAAAUGCAAUUCUCCCCC